AUGUGCUUGGCAAUUUAUUUGUUUGUAAUAUGCAGUGUGACCACAUCUGGAUACAUCGUGCGCAAUGAACAACCGAGUCAAACGAGAUUAAGAAGUUUUCCUGAGGAUUUCUUUUUCGGUGCGGCCACUUCGGCUUAUCAGAUUGAAGGUGGAUGGAAUGAAGGAGGUAAAGGUUGGUCCAUGUGGGAUCAUCUAGUGCGAACAGCUCCAGAUGCCAUUUUAGAUCGAAGCAAUGGUGACGUCGCGGCGGAUUCGUACCACCUCUACAAAGAGGACGAAUUCAGAGCUGUGCAGGGUGGUCAGAUCGGAAUCACACUGGAUUCCGAAAUAGCAAUGCCGCUGAAUCCAAAUUCCGAAGUUGAUAUACAAGCGGCCCAAGACUACAUGGAUUUCCACUUGGGACAGUACGCAGAUCCAAUUUUAUCAGCACCUGGCAACUAUCCCCCAAGAUUUAUCCAACUGAUAUCCGAAGCGAGUACAAGACAGGGCUUAAACGAGUCUCGACUGAAAACUUUUUCUCAAGAAGAAAUCGACACGAUAAAAGGCACGUCGGACUUUUUGGGAAUCAAUCACUAUUCGAGCAGCUAUGUGUACAGGAACCAGUCAGUUACCAACAUGCACAGCGUUCCAUCAGCGUUAGAUGAUGCACAAGUAGGGACAUACAAGGACCCAUCUUGGCCCGUGUCGCCCUACGGUUGGGUUGCAACCUACGGUGAAGGAUUACACAAGCUCCUAGUGUACAUCAAGAAUACGUACAACAAUCCAAUCGUGUAUAUCACGGAGAAUGGUUACUCUACGGCAAGUGGUAGGAACGACACAGGUCGAUCCCAUUACUACAGGGAGUAUUUGAAUGGAAUCCUAGACGCCAUUGAUGAUGGCGUUAACAUUAAGGGCUACUGUGCCUGGAGUCUUAUCGAUAAUUUUGAAUGGUCCUUUGGAUACAGUGUGCGCUUCGGUAUAUACGAAGUAGACGAGAACGAUCCACAAAAGAAGAGAAAAGCCAAACACUCAGCUUUAGUCUACAAGGAAAUAAUAAGAUCUCGUGUGAUUGAUGCGUCAUACGAUCCGGAUCCUUACGCAAGUGACGGCUCGCUAGUUGUAAAAAGUUCCUUUAUUAUGUUAAUCGCGAUAGGAAUAUUUAAUAUAGUUCUUUAA